AUGCUUUCCCAACCGACAUCACAGUUCGGGCUCCCGCGCCGAUGGAACAGCAAUGAUACCCAGACACAGACGCGGCCGCGUGCGGCGGUCGCAACGGCGACGCCGGAGGACGAGGAGCGGAUGAUCGACGCUGCGGUGCAGUAUACGGAAGGGACAUACAAGGCCGGGGCGCCGUCUGAGAGUGAAGCGAGCGUGCCCGCAACCGCCGAGGCGGAGACAGAGCCGGUGGUGGAGGUGGAGGAGUCGAAACGGGCGAAGCGGCUACGUCUGCUGAACGAGGAGCCCACGCCCAAGGAGACGGUGUACGUGGGGAAUCUGUUCUACGAUGUGACGGCGGAAGAUCUCCGGAAACAGAUGGAGAAGUACGGGGUUGUCGAGCAGGUGUUUAUCACGUUCGACAAUCGGGGGAUCAGUCGGGGGUUCGGCUACGUCCAGUUCGACACCAUCGAGUCGGCGAAACGCGCCAUCAGCGCGAUGCACAUGCGGGUGUUCGAAGGCCGGCGCGUGGUGGUGCAGUAUGCGCAGAACAAUGUGGCGCCACAGCGGAGCAUGAGGCCGGCUACGCGGACGCUGUACAUCGGCAACCUGUCGUUCGAGACGACGGAUCGGGACCUCAACGAGCUGUUCCGUGAUGUCGUUAACGUGAUUGAUGUCCGCGUGUCGGUGGACCGGCGCACAGGGCUGUUCCGCGGCUUCGCUCACGCGGAGUUUAUCAAUGUUGAGAGCGCGCGUAUUGGAUAUGAGAUCCUCAGUCGCAAGACGCCGUACGGGCGGAAGCUGCGGAUUGACUAUAGCGAGACGAAUCGCCGGGCGGAUCGGAUACCUGGUGCCGAAGGGGAGAUUCCUUAG